GUCGCGAUCAGCGAUCGCCGAGAGUCACUCCGAUGCAUAGCAGUUGCUGGUUGCUGGUUGUUACGCGUUUGUUUCGGCGCGAUGGUCAGGAUGAUGGCGAGAGUCUCCGCCGGUGUCUCCUCCUCAACGAGGAUUGGGGUAUAAGUAAACUGGCUUCUGACCUCCGUAGAAGCUAACUUGACAGAAGUGCCAUCACCAUCACCACCAGCACCCUCAUCAUCAUCCGCAACCGGCCCCCUUGCAGUCCAAACCGCCUCGCUUACCACCACACCCGCCAAUACCCAAUCCACCAUGAAGGUCCGCGCUCUCGGUCUUGUCUGCCUCAUCAGCGGCGCCCUCGCGGUCCCUGUGGUCGAGCAGCAGAUGCGCCCGCAGGAGGCCCCCGCUGCCGUCUUGUCGCCUGCUCAGGCCGAUAUGCAGAUGAACUCCGAUAUGAUGAUGGGUCACGGCAAUGUGCGCCGUGCCGUCAACAUCCUGUCCGGCAAUGUCAACAUGAAUGCCUUCGCUCAGAUGGUGCAGCAGGUUCAGCAGCAGGUCCAGGAGAUCGAGCAACUCGUCCACAACAAGGGCUCUGACCCGAACGCCCUCAUUGAGGCCCUCGUCGGGCCCAUGUCCCGCAUCAACCAAACGCUCGCCACCGGCGUCAGCCGUCUCGACAUCGGCAGCCUCCUCAGCGGUGCCGCGACCAACGCGACGGCGCCCGCGCAGCCCUUGGGCCUCCUGCACGACCUCCUCGAGUCCGUGGUCAACCUGCUCAACAGCGUGCUCACCCACGGGCCCAUCGGCGACCUGCUCAACGGCCUCCUGGGCGGCGUCCUCGGCGGCGUCGGCAGCACCGUCGGCGGCGUCCUGGGCGGCGCCGGCAGCGGCACCGGCGUUGGCGCUGCUGCGGCCCAGGUCCCCGACCUCAUCAGCAGCAUCCUCGGCUCCGUCGGCUCCGUCCUGCCCCCUGCUGCUGGCGCCGCUGCGGGCGCCGUGCCCGGCGCUGCGGCUGCUCCCGUCCCGGCGCCGACUCCGGCUCCGGCCCCUACUACGCCUUAAGGGUCCAUGGCCAGUCUUGGCGCGGCAAAAUGCUGCUGCUUAUUUUUUUGUUUGGUGGAUAUUAAUGUGAGAGAGUGGGAGAGGAGCUGUAUGGGAAUAGUGGAGGGGUGUUUUUUGCUGGUGAGAAGAUGUG